AUGGCGAUAUAUCAGCUUAGCUGGUCAAAAACAAAUCCCUCUGUCCUGCAUGCCAGAAGACUUACUUGUUUUAAAUGCGAUCCAGGAGAAAAUUGUAUUCAUUACAGCAUUGGUACAAUUUAUAUCGAUAAUAAUGAUGCAAACAAUGAAAUAAGACAAUCUAAUAUCCAACAAGAUCCUAUUCCCAUCAUUGAAAAAGUGUACAACGACGAGGUAGACAUUGAAAAUGAUGAAGGGAAUGGCGAAAACAUUAGAAAUCAUAUUUCAAGGGAAGCUGUUCUCAAGUUAUGGAUUCAUAACCGGAUAUUUUGCAACUUGGGAAACCGAUUAUGCCCGGAACAUUUUGAGAAUCUUUACUUCUUUGAAGAAUGUGUUGCUCUAUUGCGAUUGCGGGCUGCUCCUAGGCAGCUUACUCAUGGUGACAAUGAAUGUUUAAUUAAUCUGCUCCCUGAACGCGUAGUAGCUGUUGAAGAAAAAAGCAAGAUAUUCGAUUUUUACAAUGAAAAUAUGGAUGACGACGAUUGCAAGUACUUAACCGGAUUAAGUAAAGCACAGUUUGCAACGGUUGUAGCUCUUGUUGAUGCCACAUACUUGUAUCACGAACAAUCUGUUGAUCAUCUUUCGCAGCGAAUGACAUAUUCUUUGCCAAAACGCUUGAAUUUAAAGUAUAUUCAAAUUUCAAAUACUCCCGAUGUAAACAGUGACCAGCGCGUAAUAAGUGCGUGCUAG